GAUAUCCAGUUUGAACUGGACCUGUCUUGACAGGCGGUGCUAACCACGUGUAUACUGUAUGCAUGAACUGAGCACCAUUAUCGAAAAGAUGUGAGUACUAGAAUACAGGGACACGAUAACACUGCACUGCAAGAACAGACAGACCUCCAAACUCACUGAAUUUUGUGUGUAAACUGACUGACAAGCUACUACAAGCUCCUCGCAUCAAUUAACGUUGGACCACAAUACAAUCGCGCCUUCCUAAAGCCUCUCACUCACCCAAACUCGUAACAAUAAUAUUUGCGCAUAAGCCACAGAUAUGGCUGCCCUGACAGAGCAGGCUCUACGAGUGCUGGACCUUUCACAAGAACUGGACGUUCCACUACUGGACCAGAUCGUCACUUGCUUUUACACUUCAGUCGGACGUGAGCAACGAAUGGCUGAAGAAAUCCUGACACGUUUCAAAGAGUUACCAGAGGCUUGGACCCAAGCUGACAGUAUUCUAGAGCGCUCAAACAGUCAAAAGACAAAGUACUUUGCCCUCCAGAUUCUAGAGGCUCUAAUAAAAACAAAAUGGAAGGCCUUACCAAGGGAGCAGUGUGAAGGCAUCAAGAAGUAUAUUGUAGCGCUGAUAAUCAAGAUGUCGUCCACUUCUGAGCAACUAGAGCAAGAGAAAGUAUACGUUGCUAAACUGAACAUCAUCCUCGUCGCUAUCGUUAAGCAAGAAUGGCCUCGGAACUGGCCGACGUUCAUCUCAGAUAUUGUGGGGGCCAGUAAAACCUCCGAAUCACUAUGCACCAACAACAUGAUCAUACUUAAGCUGCUCAGUGAGGAAGUAUUUGACUUCUCGACUGGUCAGAUGACCCAGGCCAAAGCCAAGCACCUCAAGGACACCAUGUGCAGCGAGUUCUCCGAUGUAUUCAGUCUCUGCAGCUACGUCAUGGAGAACUCUCAGAGCAUUCCCCUUGUGAAGAGCACCCUAGAGACACUGCUCAAGUUCCUCAACUGGAUACCACUCGGCUACAUCUUUGAGACCAAACUCAUUAGCUCACUCAUUUAUAAGUUUCUGAAUGUUCCUGCCUUCAGAAAUGUCACUCUGCAAUGUCUCACAGAGAUAGCUGGUGUAAAAGCCAAUGAUCAGUAUGGAGAGCAGUUUGUUAUCAUGUUCAAUCUCUUUAUGGUGCAGCUUAAACAGAUGCUGCCUCUAAGUACAAACAUUCGUGAGGCUUACAAGAAUGGGCAGGAAGACGAACAGAACUUCAUCCAGAACUUGGCCCUCUGUCUCUGCACUUUCCUAAAGGAGCACGGGAUGCUUGUGGAGCAGAAACCCGAGCUGCAAAACUAUUUGUUAGAGGCACUUCAUUAUCUGGUGUUGAUCUCCGAGAUUGAAGAGAAAGAGAUAUUCAAGAUCUGCCUCGAAUACUGGAACCACCUCUCUGCAGAGCUGUAUCACGAGAACCCGUUCUCCUCAUCUCACUCCACACUCAUCCUCUCCCAGCAACCAGUACCCCCACGCCGCCAGCUCUACCUCCCUGUGCUCUCUAAGGUUCGUCUGGUGAUGAUCAGUCGAAUGGCGAAACCAGAGGAGGUGUUGGUGGUGGAGAAUGAUCAGGGGGAGGUUGUCCGAGAGUUCAUGAAGGACACAGACGCUAUCAACAUGUACAAGAGCAUGAGAGAGACUCUUGUGUAUCUGACUCAUCUCGACUACGCUGACACUGAGAGCAUCAUGACUGACAAGCUGUACAGACAGGUGGACGGCACCGAGUGGUCCUGGAAAAACCUCAACACGCUGUGCUGGGCUAUCGGCUCUAUCAGUGGUGCCAUGCACGAAGAAGACGAGAAGAGAUUUCUCGUGACGGUCAUUAAAGAGCUCUUAGGUCUCUGUGAGCAGAAGAGAGGGAAGGACAACAAAGCCAUUGUGGCUUCCAACAUCAUGUACAUAGUGGGACAAUACCCGCGGUUCCUCAGGGCACACUGGAAGUUCCUGAAGACAGUGGUGAACAAACUGUUUGAGUUCAUGCACGAGACUCACGAUGGUGUACAGGACAUGGCCUGCGAUACGUUCAUCAAGAUAGCUCAGAAGUGUAGGCGGCACUUUAUACAGGUACAGCCCCUGGAGGUAAUGCCAUUCAUUGAAGAGAUACUGAACAACAUCCGUGCCAUCAUCAUGGACCUUCAACCACAGCAGGUGCACACCUUUUACGAGGCAGUCGGCUAUAUGAUACAGGCACAAGUGGACUCAAUAGUUCAGGAGAGACUGAUUGAGAAGUACAUGUCCCUGCCCAACGAGAUCUGGGACACCAUCAUACAGAAGGCCACAGCUGACAUCAGUGUGCUUCAAGACCACGAGACCAUCAAGCAGCUGGGCCACAUCCUCAAGACCAACGUCAGAGCAUGCACAGCUGUUGGGCAUCCCUUUGUCAUGCAGCUGGGAAGGAUCUACUUGGACAUGCUAAACGUGUACAAAGUACUGAGUGAGAAUAUUUCAGGAGCAGUGAUACAGGGAGGUGAGCUGGCGACGAGGCAGCCGCUGAUUGCCUCCAUGAGAGUGGUCAAGAAAGAGACACUCAAACUCAUCACUAGCUGGGUCUCCAAGUCACAGGACCCUAUUAUGGUGAGGGAGCACUUCCUGCCCCCGCUAUUGGACGCUAUUCUGGAGGACUAUAAGCGCAACGUGCCACAAGCUAGAGAGCCUGAGGUGCUCAGCACCGUCUCAGCCAUCGUUGACAAACUGGAGACUCUGGCUACGACGGACAUCCCCCCCAUAAUGUCUGCCCUGUUUGAGUGUACAGUGGACAUGAUCAACAAGAACUUGGAGGAGUUUCCUGAACAUAGGACCAACUUCUUUAAGAUGCUGCAAUCAGUGACGGUCCACUGUUUCACAGCCUUCCUCCAGGUGCCUCCCGAUCAGUUCAAACUGCUCAUGGAUUCCAUUGUGUGGGCACUCAAGCAUACAAUGCGCAACGUUGCCGAGAUAGGGCUCAAUGUUCUACUGAUCAUGCUCCAGAAGUUCUCGACAAGUCAAGAGGCGGGGCCACAGUUCUUUCAAACCUACCUGCUGGAUCUCAUGCAGCACAUCUUCUCGGUCGUCACAGACACGUCACAUACUGCAAGCCUGACGAUGCAUGCCACCAUCCUGGCGUUCAUGUUCAGUCUGGUUGAGGAGGACAAGAUUGGCACUCUCCUUUGUGACAACCCUCAAAUGUCUAACGCUCUCUACGUGCAAGAGUAUGUGGCACAGCUGCUCAAGCAGGCUUUCCCACACAUACAAGAUUUGCAAAUGCGCGUGUUUGUAGAGGGACUGUUCCACCUCAACAAGGACAUCCCUCAGUUCAAAGAACACCUGCGAGACUUCCUCAUAGAGAUUAAGGAGCACGCUGGUGCAGACACAGUAGGACUAUUCCUAGAGGAGAGAGAAGCACAGUUACAACAAGCAGCAGAGAACAAGAGGAAGCAACAGUUGGAGGUCCCAGGGAUCAUCAACCCUCACGACAGACCGGACGAAAUGCAAGAGUAGCUUAUUUGUCAGCAAUUAGCUCAAUGUACUGUUUGUCUGAACUCUCUAUGAAGGUAGUGAUGACUAGUCCACUAGCUCUGUCGUACUCAAUUGAGUUAAUUAGCAAUAUUCUUUUUAUUUGUACCACUUAUAAUUUCUUGCUACCUGCCUCCACUGUAUGACAUUAUUCUAUUCAUUA